UUUCCGGCGAAGUUUUUCGUUCAGUCCAGUUUUCAAACACUUGGUGUGCACCUUUUCACAAGCUAACGAGAAAAAUGGAAGAAAAUCUGAACACUGAAGUAGCGAACUCGUUGCAAAUCCAAAUGAAGUCUCUUCAGAAAAGAAUUCUUGAAUUAGAGACUGAGAAUGCGGAGCUCUCGGCCCGGCUCUCAAAAUGCGUCUGCAAGAAGAUUAUAGAGGGUAAUAAAACCCCGAUUGAGGACACGGAAAGGCAGAAAUAUGAUGAAAAUGGUGUGAAAAACAUAUCAAAGAAAAUGCCAGAUAAAUCGUGCAGCAAUACAAUGGCCUUACAUCAUUUACCGAAGCGGUGUAUUGCUUUAAAAGUCAUGUAUUUUGGUCAAAGAUUCUAUGGUUUUGCAUCAGAGGGACAGAUGGAUCCGACUGUAGAGUCGGAAAUAUUUAAGGCCCUCGAAAAAACAAGGUUAGUAUCUGGAGAUAAGAAGGAACUGCAAUACUCAAGAUGUGGCAGGACAGACAAGGGAGUCUCUUCUGUUGGCCAAGUAAUCUCUUUAUUUCUGCGAACAAACCUUAAGGAAGCAGCGAUCAAUGGAUAUUCUGGCGAAAUAUUUUCCGAGGAAUCAUGUGGUGCAGAAAUAGAUUAUGUGAAGCUUCUAAACCGAGUUCUUCCAAAAGAUAUUAGAAUCAUGGGAUGGUCACCUGCUCCUAUUGAUUUCAGUGCUAGAUUCAGUUGUUUGAGCAGGGAAUACAAGUACUUCUUUUGGAAAGAGAAUUUGGAUGUCGAGGUAAUGAAAACUGCUGGAAAUAAAUUUAUUGGGGAACAUGAUUUCAGAAAUUUUUGUAAGAUGGAUGCAGCUAAUGUCCACAACUAUAGGCGGUGCAUCACGUCAUUUGAUAUUUUCCCAUGCAACGAAAGGUUUGAAGAUGAUGAACUUUGGGCAGUGAAAAUCAAAGGUAGUGCUUUCCUGUGGCAUCAGAUCCGAUGCAUGGUUGCUGUACUGUUUUUGAUUGGCCAACGUCUUGAAUCUCCUAAUGUGAUAGAUGAGUUACUAAACGUGGAAACGACACCAAGAAAACCUCAAUACAUAAUGGCUCCCGAGAUUCCGCUGGUUCUUCAUUCCUGUGAAUUUGAAGGCCUCGGGUUUAUGUGUUCAUCAGAUGCUAGGCAAGCACUUCACACUCACUUGGAGAAGGAAUGCCGAAGCUAUAAACUCCAAGCAGCGAUCUUUAACGAGGCCUUGCUAAGUUCUUCUUGUGCCUUAUACGGUACUAAAUCUUAUAUAUCAAUACCAACUUGCUUCCUUUUUUUAUUAUUCUCUUAUUGGAACUUUUGUUUUGCAGUAAAUAAUCAGCUAAACAGUAGAAAAACGAAAAAGGAAUCGGCUCACGUUCCUCUAAUAUCACGACCAACUGAGCCCUCUUAUGAAGAACGACGGGCAAAACUGAAUGCUGGAGGUGAGACUAAGAAAACCCCUGUUUUCGAUACUUCAGUGACAAUGUAGUCACCGUUUUUUUUUUUCAUUCGAUUUUUCUUUUUUAUGUCUGUAAUGUUAGUCAUUCUUCUGUAAACACAAAAAGGUUCUUGUUUGUAGAUUUUAACUAUUUAAGCUAACUGCUAACUGUAACGAGUUGGGGUAAAAGUGAAUCGACAUUCGAUGUAUGACAUCAUUUAUACUUUGCUAUCUAAUUUUGUUUUUUUGUCUGUCGUUUC